UAAAAAUUACAGCCAACUUGAAAGCUGUUACACUAUAAUAUUAUACAAUAUAAAAUAAUCUUUAAAACUAAACAUCAAGAAAUAUAAGGAAUCCUGUUUAACAAUGUUUCGUCACGAAUUUGGCCUUGCGAUGGAUCGGGAUCAGAAUGGAGCUUCUGUUGUGUUGUCCUACCAGGUGGAUGAUCUGAUGGAAAAACUAAAACUGUUGAAUUUCGAGAGACUGUUGUUAAAAGAAAUGAAAAUGAAACAAAUUAAUCGAUACUACUUCCUGAUGUCCUUCAAUCCUGGUGAGCAAUUUUUCAUGUUUACUUCUAUUUGUGCCUGGCUGAUUCGAACGAUAGGCAAAACAUUUGACCAACCACAAGAGUUUGAUGAUCCCAAUAUGGUAAUAGCAAGAAUCAUACGCGUGCUGCAGGAGAUGGAUGUCCCUACAGAUUUUCAAACAAACAAGUUGAUCCAAGGUGCCGGUCCAAUUUGCAUUUAUAUCAUGGAUUGCUUAGCAACGCAGGCUCUGAAGUUGACCAAAUUUCAGAUCAAGCGGCCAGAAUGCAAGAAAGAGGAUGAUCCUAUGGUGGACUUAAUAGAGAACGAUUCCGAGAUAAUACUCGAAAAGGUCGAAGAAGAACAGAUGGCCGGAGCUAGCGAUGAAAGUGAUGAUGAAGGAAAUGGAUUAUUCGAUUUAAACUUGAUCGAUCAAAAGAGCAAGAAGAUAACUAACAAAGAGUACAAGGUGGAUUCAUUGACUGAUAGUGAAAACUGGCGCUUAGAACUGGACCGAGUACUUCCACAAUUGAAGGUGGUGGUCAAAACGGACCCAAGAGAUUGGAGAGCUCAUCUAGAACAAAUGAGAACUUUAAGAUCAAGCAUUGAAAUGACUACACAGGAAACGGGUAGUCAACUGAAAAAAUUGCAAGCGGAUAUAAGCUACGUGAUGGAAAAAAUUGAGAGCCGUGAGAAACAUCUAAAUAUUGAUCUGAAGGAUCUAAUUGACACAUACAAAGGAAUCUUGGUCGAGUAUAAUCAAAUUGACAAACGGAUCAAGGAGAAGGAUGCUGAGAAAACCGAAAAAGAGCACGAAUUUUCCAAGAUAACUAACGAACUCGAGAGCAUUAAGGUUCAAAUGGAACAACGUGGAAAUUCUAUGACUGACGGAAGCCCAUUAAUAAACAUUAAAAAAGCAAUUUUUAGGAUUAAAGAAGAGAUUUCCGAGAUGGAUAUCAAAAUUGGCGUAAUGGAGCAUGCACUGAAUUCAGAGAUAAUAAAACAAAGUGCACAAUAUGCGGAAUUUGAUUCGUUGAUUAUGGCAGCUCACUGAUCUUUUUUAUCGAGCUGGGAAAAUAUUGCAGAAAAAAUCGUAAUUUUAAUUGUAAAUAUAUGUUGAAAACGUUAAUGUA